GCGGUGACAGUUCGAUUUUGUGCGCUUUGGUUGUGAGACGCGCGCGUCGCUCGCGACACGUAUUUACAAUUUUAGAUAGAAAUUCUUUUACGGGACGAAUUUCUGUAAAAAUACAGCGUAUAUAACCCUAUAACCGUUAAUGUAUCACAUAGUUAUAAUCGAAAACGGGUGGAAUUAAGAAAAACAACUCUCCAGCUGCCGAUUGAGAGCCAGUGGUUGUUUGUGAUUGUGUGGGGGUGGUCGUGCACAGUAAACAAAUAGGAUUUCAUUCGUUGCGAAACUUCAGAUUUCUACACGUCGUUAAGAUUAGCAACAUAAAUACAGCUGUGGUGGUUCGCUGAGUUGCCUGGUGGUCGAGUCCGAUGGGGGCUACUAUACGGCGAUGCCGCCCACUGCCAUGAGGCUCGACAGUCCUCCGCUGAACAACAACAACGCCUCCCGACCGGAACUGGAGCUGCUCGCCAAGCUGGAGGAAGCCAACCGCCUCUACGAGUCCGACGCCAAGUCGCUCAACUCGCUGAGCGGGGCGUCGGCGUCGGGGCAUUCCAGGAAGAGCUCCGACACAUCCCAGAUCUCGCUCACCUCAGGGACGAGCUCCACCCACGACCGCACCGAGGACGGGGGCGAAGAGGACCUGUGGGUGAGAUGGGGCCACAUCGCCAACGACUGGGAGAACCACUGGAAGAAGAACAACGCCCAGGUGCGCGAGAUGGUCCGUCGCGGCAUCCCCCUUCACUUCAGGGCGAUCGUCUGGCAGCUGCUCUGCGCAGCCACUGAGGCUCCCGAGAAGAAGCUCUACGCGGAGUAUAUAAAAACCAAAUCGCCAUGCGAAAAAGUGAUAAGGAGGGACAUCGCCAGGACUUACCCAGAGCACGACUUCUUCAAAGAGAAAGACGGACUAGGUCAAGAAUCUCUUUUUAACGUCAUCAAGGCCUAUUCCUUGCACGACAGAGAAGUGGGUUAUUGCCAAGGAUCGGGCUUCAUCGUGGGUCUUCUUCUAAUGCAGAUGCCGGAGGAAGAAGCGUUUGCCGUUCUAGUGAAGAUCAUGGAAGACUUCAGGAUGCGCGACAUGUUCAAGCCGAGCAUGGCCGAGCUGGGUCUCUGCAUGUUCCAGUUAGAAAAUUUGGUGGCCGAAUACCUACCAGAUCUGAAUCAGCAUUUCCAGUCCCAAAAUUUCCACACCUCGAUGUACGCUUCCAGCUGGUUUCUCACCCUGUUCACCACGGCUCUCUCUCUACCGUUGGCGUGCAGAAUAAUGGACGUGUUCCUCUCGGAAGGGAUGGAGAUAAUAUUUAAGGUAGCUCUGGCGAUGUUGACUUUGGGGAAGGAGGAGCUGAUGUCCUUGGACAUGGAGGGAAUGCUGAAGUACUUCCAAAAAGAACUCCCGGGUCGCGCAGAGGCAGACCCCGAAAGUCUGAUGCAGUCCGCUUACAGCAUGAAGUACAACGCUAAGAAGAUGAAGAAAUUGGAGAAGGAAUACAACGUCAUAAAGACGAAAGAACAAGAAGAAAUGGCCGAACUGAAGAGAUUACGGCAGGAGAACAAGCAGCUAAGGCACAGGUGCGAGAUGCUGGAGGAGGAAAGCAAAGCCCUGGCGGAUCGUCUGGUGAGGGGUCAGGUGAGCAGAGCGGAAGAAGAAGAGACCACAUUUGUGGUACAGAGGGAGCUGGACGUUCUCAGACACACCCACCUGGAGACGACUCACCAGCUCGCUCUGGCGAACGAAAAGAUCAGGUCUUUGUCUUUGAUGAUGGAGGAAACGCACACUUCGAGGCAGUCAUCGAUGGAGGAGAUAACGUUGAAACAGGAGCAGCUGCAGCAAAGGGAAGAAAUGAUCGAGUGUCUGCAGGAAGAGCUGGUAAAGGUGAGGCUAAGGGAGGCGGAGAACGACGCUCUGAUCCGGGACCUCAGGUCGAGGAUCCACGAGUUAGAAGAAGACAAGAAGACCUUGAGGGAGAUAACGCCAGAUAACAGCGUGGCCCAUUUACAAGAGGAACUGAUCGCCGUGAAGCUUAGAGAAGCCGAGGCCAACCUUUCCCUUAAGGAUCUCAGACAGAGGGUGUCGGAGCUGAGCAACCAGUGGCAGAGACAUCUUCAGCUUUCGUACUUGCAGGAGCACAAGCAGGAACCGACCUCGUCCAGCGACGCUCACAGCACUCCGAAGAAGCUGUUGUUCUGGGAGAACCGUCACAACGAAACUCAGAAAUUGGAAGAGGAACUCAUGACAACCAGGAUAAGGGAGAUGGAGACCCUCACGGAAGUUAAAGAGUUACGGCUCAAGGUUAUGGAAUUGGAGACUCAGGUGCAGGUGAGCACCAACCAGCUGCGCAGGCAAGACGAGGAGAUAAAGAAGCAGAGGGAGAGCCUUGAAGCGGCCGAGUUAAGGGACAGGGAGGCAGCGGCUCGUCUUUUGGAAGAGCAGAGGAGGUACUCUGAUCUGGAGAGUAAAAUGCAGGACGAGCUAAUGAAGGCUAAGAUCAGCGACGCCGAGAAGACCCAGGCCGUGGCGGAACUGACCCAGAAGAUUAGCCAGCUGGAAUUGAAGAGCCAAGAAAUUGCCACGGAAGGGGAGCUGAGGAUCCACUCGGUGGACGAUAGCGAUAAAGUUCGGGAUCUUCAGGACAAAGUCGCCGAUCUGCAGGCCGAAGUCAUGAGAUUGGAAUCCUACCAAAAAGGAGGCUUAGGAAACGGCAGCGGCCUCCUGUCCACGGACAGAUCCUCGUCCAUCGACAGCACCGAUGACGACAUCAAGUUCCGAUUCGACGAUCCCACCUUAAGGUUGGAUCUCGCCGAUUCCCCCACCACCCCGCCCGAGCUUAAUUUCAGCGAUCUGUCUAAGACCGCCGUCCCGAAAAACGGCGACGGCGACAAACUGGACGCCAACAGAAACAAGCACUCCGCCCCGGAGGUGCACAGCUCUGAAAAUCGCGUGCCACAGGUCUGACAGCACGACUGAGUUUCUAGGAUAAUUUGAGGUGUAGCGUAGGUUUGUGGUCUAGACGUUCAGUAGUACCUCAUCCCGCCGGACACCAUUGCUGGGUCGCGGUUAGUUUUUCGGUAUCGUGAUUCGAGAUUUAGAUGUGUAUAUACAUAAUUAGGUGGAAUUCUUGAAUUUGCAGGGUUUAUCGCGUAAUUGAAGUCAUGUUUAGAAUUUUGUAACUCCAAUUUUAUAGAAUUUUGCUUCGAGAUACAACUUUGUAAUGGUACGUUGAAGAUAAGACGUAUAAAUAAUGGAGAAAAGUUUACGAAGGAUAUUGGUACGACUCGACUAAUCCCAUAAAACAAGGUUAUGGGUUGGCGUGCCCGUAACUUUAACGAGAAGUGUUUCUCUCACAUUUCUGUAACUUAUUUUCUGUCCUUAGAUUAGCACCAAUCUAGUAAGUUAUGUUAGUCAUUUAUUAGGCCGGGCUUGCAACGCAAACAGAAACCCAUUCUCAAGUUAUUAGUUUACGGCUUUGUAUACCGAUACAAAGCCGUAAAGGCUUUGUAUCGGUUUUGUGCACCGCACAAGUGCAGCUGAGGGUAAAAGAAAUGUCCGAAAAUGACUAAAAGAAUAUCGUCCGCAGCUGUACGGGUGCAACAGUCAGUUACAUCUAACUGACAUCUGUCAACUGUCAGUUUACAACUGUCAAUUUAAUAUGAGGUUAUAUUUGACGUGUAACGUUUCUCUUUUUGAAGGUAAAAAAAUGUGUUAGCAAAAACUAAUAAGUCCGUUAUUAGGUUAUUACUUUCACAUCUCCUUAUUGUGUACUUAAUUUCCACUUUGCUAAUUUCUAGGUAAACGUAAAAUUUCUGUGAAAAAAAAAGUAUAUAUAACGGAAACCUUGGUUUCGUCCAAGAUGUAUCUUAUGAAUUAGUGAGAGUUGUUAGAGUAGAUUUUUUAAUAUUUUAUCUGUGUUAAUCUUUAGUAUUAUAAGGGGGCUGUUGAAAAAAAAAAAAAAAAUGGAAAUACCGUUUGGUUUCGUGGCGCAAAGCCAGUAGUGUCGUCGUUAGAGUGAUGUGAACCCAACCCGAUAGUCAUGUCAUAUACGUAGCGGUUAUCGAUUCAGAGUAACUUGACUAAAUCUUUAAUUUAAUUUAUUAGAAAGCUAUAUUCCCGAGGAAACGUCUCGAGUUAAUCUCGUUACAGUAUUACAUGGUUUAUUAAAAAUUAUUUUUAACGAAUUUUUUUUUAAAUUUUAAUUUGUAUGUACUAGUAUUUUAAAACUUUUUUUUAGUAUACGGCUAUACAUUUUAACUCGAAACGUUCCGUCGGGCGACUACGUAAUUAGGUGCUAUUUUUAUGUACUGGUUAAAGUAUUUAUAUUUAUUUGCGUUUAUUAAUAAGUUUAUUGUCUCUAAAAACAACAUUCCCUAGAUAACAUCGAAAUAACAAUUUCGUAACGUGUAUCGAUAAUGUUAUAAUACCUUUUAAUGUAAUACUCAAAAAAAAAAAUUGCUCGCACAUAGUGAAAUAAUAUCGGUGUGGUUAGAUUUUUUAUUGAGGUAAAGUAUUUUAUUAUUUAAUUUUAUACUCGUUGUGUUGGUUUAAAUUUUAUUUCGGAUCCAGUCUUGAGCAAUAAUUAUUUUUAUUGUUGUAACGUGUAUCGUUAAAUUUAAUUGUCAGAUUAUACAAUUUUGUCAUUGGUAUUGUUUGCUUGUAUGUACGUAUUUUUUUUUUAAAUAUAUUUGUAUAACAGAUUCUGUGGGAUUUUAUU